UGCCUCAGAUCAGAGUUCAUAACGGAGGACAGCAGGGAGCCGGAGUCCUCGGUGUUCAUCUGGAAGGUCCGUUCAUCAGUCUGGAGAAGAAAGGAGCUCACCCUGAGAAGUACCUCCGCUCCUUCCAGUCCGGAGGGAUAACGGACCUGCUGGAGGCCUACGGCAGCCUGGACAACGUUACCAUGGUGACGCUGGCUCCAGAGCUGGCCAACAGCCAAUCAGUGGUGAGGGAGCUCUGCAAGAGGGGCGUGACCGUGUCGCUAGGUCACUCUGUAGCCAACCUGUCUCAGGCGGAGGAAGCUGUUCAACACGGAGCUUCCUUCAUCACUCACCUCUUCAACGCCAUGCUGCCUUUCCACCAUCGUGACCCGGGGAUCGUGGGUCUGCUGACCAGUGAUCGGGUCCCAGCAGGCAGGACGGUUUACUACGGUAUGAUCGCUGACGGGAUCCACACCAACCCUGCCGCUCUGCGUAUCGCUCACAGAGCUCACCCGUCAGGUUUGGUGUUGGUGACGGACGCCAUCACAGCGAUGGGUCUCCCUCAGGGCCGGCACACUCUGGGCCAGCAGGUCAUAGAGAUCCAGGGUCUCCAUGCUUACGUCGCAGGAACUACAACGCUGUGCGGCAGCAUCGCCACCAUGGACAUGUGUGUGCGGCACUUCAAACAAGCUUCAGGCUGCAGCAUAGAGGAAGCUCUGGAGGCUGCUUCCCUUCAUCCUGCUCAGCUUCUGGGUCUCAGCCACCGGAAAGGAAACCUGGACUACGGCUCAGACGCAGACGUCAUUCUGCUCGACGACGACCUCAACGUGAAGUCCACCUUCAUCUCUGGAGAAGAGGUUUGGAGAAAAGGACAGUAGAAGAAGAAGGGGGAG